CUUUCGUGUUUACAAAGCAAGAUAUCGCGCUUAUUUCAUUGAACGCUGUCCCGUGUGUAUCGUUGUUAAUUGUUUGCCUGAUUUUAAGCUAGUUUGAUUGUUGAUUGUAAUUUGAUUGCGCACAAAAAUGUCGAGCCCAGCUAGAUCGAGUCGAAGCCGCCGGGGUGCCGAUAGUUCGCAGGAAAAUUCCCAAAGAACUCCGAUGAAGCAGGGCACUUCCAACAGUGAAACUGAAACUCCAAUGCGCAUGGGAAGCAGCAUGCCCCAGAAUGGCGCGAGUGUGGCGAUCGAAAGCUCUGACCAUGUAACGGUGCCUACCUCACCGGCAGUGGAUGGUCCCGUCAUGCAAGCGACCAGCCCCUACAGUCGAGCUGCCGGUAUGAGCCAAAUUGAUAUUAGCUCACCGUUGAACUAUGGAACGCCCAGCUCGAUGGGCUCGAUACGUACACCACGGUCCGGUGUUCGUGGUACGCCGAUGCGCCAGCGGCCGGAUCUGCGGGUGGAUAAAUUGCCGCGUCAGGUUAACGUUGGCAGUUCGGACCCCCAUCUCGAUCCGAUUCAUGAGGAAUGCCAAGCGUCUGCCGUGGAUUUACCCAGCUCCGGACCCCGACUAGUAGUGUGGGGCACUAAUGUUGUCGUGACGGAAUGCAUGAGCAAGUUUAAGCAAUUCAUUAUGCGCUACAUUGAUCCGAACGCGGCACAAGAUGAGUUGAUCGAAGGCAUCAAUCUGAACGAGCCGCUGUACAUGCAGAAGCUGUUGGAGAUUCAUACACUGGAGGAUCCUUAUUUGAAUUUUAACUGUGCCCAUUUGAAAACAUUUGACGAGGCAUUGUACCGCCAGUUGAUCUGCUAUCCUCAAGAUGUUAUUCCAGCCUUGGAUAUGGCAGUGAACGAGAUGUUCUUCGAGCGCUUCCCGGCCGCCAUUCUCGAGCAUCAGAUCCAGGUGCGCCCGUUCAAUGCGGACAAAACGCGCAACAUGCGCGCACUGAAUCCGGAAGACAUUGAUCAGAUCAUUACGAUCAGCGGUAUGGUGAUCCGCACGUCGAACAUUGUGCCCGAAAUGCGCUGCGCCUUCUUCAAGUGUUCGAUCUGCAGUUUCUCCGUCGUGGUGGAGCUGGAACGUGGAAGGAUUGCAGAACCAACGCUCUGUUCCCACUGCAACACCAACCACUGCUUCCAGCUCAUCCACAAUCGGUCCCAGUUUGCCGACCGCCAGUUAAUCAAGCUGCAAGAAUCACCCGACGAUAUGGCUGCCGGGCAAACGCCCCAUAACGUGCUGCUGAUGGCCCACGAAGAUUUGGUCGAUAAGGUGCAGCCGGGCGAUCGUGUAACGGUGACGGGAAUCUACAAAGCGAUGCCGAUACAGGAGAAUCCUCGCCAGUCGAGCAUGAAAUCGGUGUACCGGACGCACAUCGAUGUGCUGCACUUCCGCAAGGUCGAUGACAAGCGGCUGUACGAAGAGGAAGAGGGUAAAGACCACAUGUUCCCCCCGGAACGGAUUGAAUUGCUGAAAAAGAUUUCCGAAAAGCCGGACGUUUACGAUCGGCUGGUGCGCUGCAUUGCCCCGUCCAUCUACGAAAACACGGACAUCAAGAAAGGCAUCCUGUUGCAGAUGUUUGGUGGGUCGAAGAAGAAGCAGGCCACCUCGGGAAGACAAAACUUCCGUGCCGAGAUUCACAUUCUCAUGUGCGGUGAUCCUGGUACGUCGAAAUCGCAGCUGCUGCAGUACGUGUACAAUCUGGUGCCGCGCACGCAGUACACUUCCGGCCGUGGCUCCUCGGCGGUCGGUUUAACGGCCUAUGUGACGAAGGACACCGAGACACGGCAGCUGGUGCUGCAAACCGGCGCUUUGGUGCUGGCAGACAAUGGUGUCUGCUGUAUCGACGAGUUCGACAAGAUGAACGAUUCGACCAGAAGCGUUUUGCACGAAGUGAUGGAGCAGCAAACGCUGAGCAUUGCAAAGGUGGGCAUUAUCUGUCAGCUGAAUGCCCGUACAUCGAUUCUGGCCGCCGCAAAUCCGUCCGAGUCGCAAUGGAACAAAAACAAGACCAUCAUUGACAAUGUGCAGCUGCCGCACACGCUCAUGUCUCGGUUCGAUCUGAUUUUCCUGAUCCUGGACCCACAGGACGAAGUGUUCGACCGUCGCCUGGCAGCCCAUCUGGUGUCGAUGUACUACGCCUCGCGCGAAGAAGACGAGGACACUUUAGUCGACAUGAGCGUGCUGCGCGACUACAUUGCUUACGCGAAGGAGCACAUUAAUCCCGUGCUAUCGGAGGAGGCACAGCAGCGCCUUAUUCAGGUGUACGUCGACAUGCGGAAGGUCGGUGCUGGUAGGGGCCAAAUUUCGGCCUACCCACGACAGCUGGAAAGUUUGAUCCGUCUGUCCGAAGCGCACGCCAAGGUACGCCUGAGUCAGACGGUCGACGUGCAGGAUGUCGAGGAAGCGUGGCGUUUGCAUCGCGAAGCAUUGAAACAAUCGGCAACCGAUCCGCUGUCGGGUAAGAUUGACGUCGGUAUCCUCACGACCGGUUUGUCGAGUGAAGCGCGUAAGAAGCGUGCCGAGGUGGUGACGGCCAUCAAGGCGAACCUUAAAGCGAAGGGCAAAAUCUCCACCAUUCCGUAUCAGAAACUGUUUGGCGAAAUCAGGGACGGUUCGCAGGUGCUCAUUACAAAGGAAAUGUUUGAAGAUGCGCUGAAGGAGCUGCAGGACGAAGGAGUGAUCGUUAUCGUCGGUAACAACACCAUUCGAGUGUGCUAGUUUUAAGAUCUGAUUAAGUUUACAUUAUCAUCGUGUGUGUGUGUUCAUUUCUUGCUAUAUCUGCUCGUACCUUCUUUUAUGAAUAGUAUUUUCAGGAAUAAAUAGGUAAUAUUUUUUACGCAUUGCACAUAUUGUAAAA